GCCCCACUCUUCUCCGUAUCAGAAGCGAAUUGGAGUUUGCAUUGGAGGGAAAUGUUCUCGUACCCGUCAAGAAACCAAGUCAAUAGUGGAGGGAACGGAAAGAGUUCACAUUAACAAUCUUAGUUAGCAUAAUAACUCAAACACGAGAUUGGAGUUGAACGUUUAGGAGCUGUCCCUCAUCUCACAGAUCACAAACUUGUAUCUCCUUCAGGUGGGAGUGUACAGUUAUGGAGCUUAUUAAAGAAGCAGCUGCACCGGAGGAUGACAGCAGAGGGCGGCAGAGGGAUGGUCUGACAAGUGUCGUCUCAUCGAAACAAGUGCAAAGAAACCAGCUGGAGAUCUGUCCGGGUUUGGUGUCUGGAGAUACACAUCCUAUGUGCCGCGGCCGGGAUAGAAGUGAUCCGGAGCCCAAGGCUGGCGACGCAGCAAGUGACGACGGGUUUCCUGCGGACAAAUCAAAUAAUAAAAGAGACUCUGGUUGCACGAGAGUAAAUAUCGAGGGGCUGUCAGAUGGCCGCCAGGGAAAAAAGAAACACCGGCGGCGACCCUCCAAGAAGAAGCGCCGCUGGAAGCCUUACUUCAAAUUAACCUGGGAGGAGAAGAAAGAGCUAGAUGAACGCGAGACCGCCCGUGCGUCGCGGGUGCGCGCCGAAAUGUUCGCCAAAGGUCUGCCCGUUGCCCCAUACAACACCACCCAAUUCCUGAUGGAGGAGCACGACCGUGAAGAACCUGACCUCAACACGGAGCUGGGCGGCAGAAAAUCCGGGGCGAUCCGCUCCGAUGACACGGCCAGCGAAGACGAGAAUUUCGAGGGCGAAGAUGAGGACGAGGAGGAGCGCGGGGGCGAAGGCAGCGACGGUAUGGGCAGACCCGGGCACGCAGGCGGAGAGUUUUUGCAGAGAGACUUUUCUGAGACCUAUGAGAGGUACCAUGUCGAGACUCUCCAAAAUAUGUCUAAACAGGAACUGGUCAGGGAAUACCUAGAGCUGGAGAAGUGUAUGUCACGGUUAGAGGAGGAGAACAACUGGCUCCGCCACGUCCGGAGAAAUCCCGAGUCCCCGGCUGAUGGCACCGGCGCUCAACGCGUUCGGGAACUGGAGAUUGAGGUGGAGAGACUGAGAGCCGAGAAUAACGAGUUAUUACUUAAAACCCCCAAAAGUAAAGGGCCAGGACUCAACCAGUCUCAGUCGUGAUGAAUCAGUGUGUUAUGUUUCUGUUGUACAUGUCAAAUCGUUGCGCUGUCUUAUUGUAAACAGUAUCUCUGUGGUAGUUAAUACCCUCUCAGCCUUUGCCAUCUGAAGGUAAUGUUUUACAGAAAAUUUUAUUAAAAUCUUUCGUGCGGUCCCACAUAUUUGGUCAGUUCACAGUAAUAUACGUUAGUGAUUUGUACAAUUAAAUUUACAAAACCAAUAACCUACAACGUUAUGUAAAAGAUAGGGGAGAGGGGAGACUUGUUAAGUUUGCCCGAGUCUUUGCCAUAACAUCACAAAUUAUAUUUCGGCCAAUUUCAUUUUAUAAGUUACCAUAAUCAUUGAAUAUUUAAACUUGCAUUUCAUUUAGAAACCGCAAACAUGCAGCGCUUCAGAUUCAUAUUUGAUGGCGCACAUGCUUCAGUGUGUUAAUGCAUGACAUUAUGUUGUAAACAGUGGUAAACAGUUAAUGGUGUUUUGCCUAAAUAUAUCGUUGAUUAAAUUAUUUCAUAUUUUA